AUGAUAGGUAGGCAUGCUAUAAGACUGUGUUUGCCCUAUAAUGACUUUUAUUGUAGUCGUAGCUCUGAGGAUGAGCAGAGGAAAACUUCUAACUUUUCUAAUUGCAGGUAUAAAUUUCAUUUGCAGUUUCAUUUGAUAAAGCAUAGGCCCAAAUGCUGCUUAAUUUGUGGUUUGAACAUAGCAGACGAUAAUGAAUUAUUUGAACAUGUACAAUAUUUUCAUGAACAAUCGGAUCAAUUGACUUGCACUUGUUGCGAUCGCAUAUUUAAGGACAAGGAGCGGUUUGAAGCACAUUGUAACACUCAAAAAUCUAACUUAAAAUAUUAUUGCGAUUUCUGUCCAAAGAAAUAUGCCAAUAAAUCUAUACUUGCAACGCAUAUGAAAAUUUCUCACCUUGCGGGAAAUCCAGUCUCCUGCACAUAUUGCAACAAACAAUUUCCAAAUUCUAUUUGCCGUUCAUAUAAAAAUCAUAUAAAAAACCAUGAACUAAUUGAAUCGCAGGUACAAAGUUUUAUCUGUACAACAUGCGGUUUAAUCACGAGGGACGAAGCCAACUUAAAUAAUCACUUAACAUGUAAUAAACCGACGCUCGAAGAGGAAAUAAUCACAUAUGCAUAUACCUGUGAGUUCUGUUCAUCGAAUUUUAAGAGCGCUUACCAUUUGCAGACGCAUCGUGCAACUCGCAUACAUGACGACAAUCUUUACCAUUGUUUAACGUGUGAAGAAAACUUUACGUGUUAUAAAAGCUUACGCACUCAUGAAAAAUAUCAUUCAGUUGAUCAAUGGAAAUUAGCUCUGAGUAGAGUCUUUAUGUGCGCUGUUAAGGGAUGUGGAGAAACAUAUGUACAGUGGAGUGGGUAUCAUAGUCAUAAAACUCAUUGCCAUUUAGAAGAGACAUGCGUCACAUGCAAAGAAACAUUUAAGAACACUGAACAACUAGCAGAGCACAUGGAAACAUGUAGUAAUACACGGGCUUUUACGUGUCAAUUUUGUAAAAAAGUUUGUCCAACUAAAAUGUCUUUAGCCGUACACGUUGCAAGAAGUCAUAAUAAUAAAAAUUUGAAAUGUUCAAUUUGUAAAAGUAUAAUUAAAAAUAAGGCACUCCUCGAAAAGCAUAUGGACUCUUGCCACCAAGAAAUGCGGUGUAAUGAAUGCCAUAAAAUAUUCAAAAAUGGAAGAAAUUUGGAGAAGCAUAAAAAAAUUGUUCACGAGUCCAUUAAACGUUAUUUCUGCAAAUCAUGUGACAAAGGUUUCUACUAUAAAAGUGAAUUGAAACAACACAACACAUUUAUCCAUAAGCCUUUCCUCUACGAAUGCAAUGAAUGUUUAUUUACUACAAAUUAUAAAAACUCCUUUGAUAUACACAUGGCUAUGCAUAGAGAACAAUUACAACAUAAAUGUCCCAUAUGCAAUAGAAUGUUUGGACGAAAAUAUGCCUUAAAUUUACAUAUAAAGCGUCAUUCGGAUCAUAAAGAAUUUAUCUGCUCACAACGUAUCAAGGAUGGCUGUGAUGCAUCAUUUAUUUCAAAUUACUUAUUACGAAAGCACAUUAAGAGUAGACAUUCUAACUAUGAGUUACUACAGUUACCAAAACUCCAAAAUAACCAAAGCAUUUCAGAACUCGAAUUACAAAAUAGUAUUGAUGAUGCUGAUGAUCCAUUAAACGUUGUUAACGAAUCACUUAACUAUGCUGCUGAUGUUGAUAAUCCACCACAUGAUUUUGACGACUUAUUGAAAAAUGUUGACGAUGCACCAAACUGCACUGACAAUAUACCAAUCAUGGUUGUGGACUACGAUGAAGCUAACGAUAUUGGGGAAAGUAAUACCUAUAUUUCGUACAUGAUACUAGAUGAAAAUAUACAAGAAAAUCCAAUAGAAGAGGUUUUUGCAGAAAAUAAUAGAACUGACAUUAGUUUAAUUAAUAUUGUAGAAGAGGAUACGAGGGAAAUAGAUAUAGAUAUAAUUGAGGAAAUAACUGACUAAUACAGGAAAAAAGCUAAUUUUUUUAGUUCUCUGUAUUAUUUCAAUUUAUACACUAAGGU